AGACAAUAAUUUCCAAUUGCGAUCCGACCGCGGUACUCUCCGGCAGAAAUUCGCGAACGAAACUUGUUCUCAGCUUCUGCAAAGUCGCUGCCAGUUAAGGUCUAUUCCGUUCAGUUUGUUAUCUGGGUCAGUAGCUCUUCGGUUAAAGUAUUCCAUUAAUAAUCGUCUUAUUGUUUGUUCGAAGCCAUUUUUACCAUUUACGGAGCAAUCCGGUUUUCCGGUUCACCGUAUUGUCGAUUGUACAGAAUUGAGAUAUUUCAGUAGAUUUAACCAGUGGACAGACCAUGGAACACUAUAACCACCUAGCAGCAGAAGAUGGAAGCUAAAUGGCCCCUUCGAAUAUGCAAUCCGUCCUAUAUUGUACAUGCAUAUUUUUUGUUGAUUAUUCAGUGACGAAUAAUGUUGAAUCAUAACAGCUCUAAUUUGUGAUGAUUAAUAUGUAUUCUUUUAUAAUAGCAUUAUUAUUGUAGUGUUUUGUAUUUUCAUUUAAAGUAACAUGAAAUUUAUAGUGAAAUCGUAAUCAUAGCGUUAAUUAAAAUUGUAGUAUUGUGAUAUGAAUAUAAAAAGGAGGAUGGGAAUUAUUAGUUAGACUAAUUAAUAUCGUUCAAUUGAGAUUUUAUAGAAUGAACGAUGCGAGAAAUUCAAAAUGUCUACGUGGAAGGCGUGGAUCGUGGCGCUACCUACACGUGCUUCAGUAGUCCCCUGAUGUAGGGGUUUGACACGUAUGCUGUUUCCCUUGUUUCCGGAUUUGUAUAAAUGACAGUUGACUAUUGGAGCAAUAUCGUUGUCUUUCGUUUUUAUGCGACUUUAUUGUGAUCAGAUCCCUAAUAGGAAAUAUUCCUGACAGAGUAUAAAACGGCAGCAAAAUGAGUACCGUUGCUGAACAACCUUGUUACACCUUGAUUAACAUUCCAACCGACACAGAGCCAUUAAACGAGCUCCAGCUAAAGCGGGAUCUCGAGAAAGGCAAUGUUCAGACAAAAAUUGAAGCUCUUAAAAAGACCAUCCAUAUGAUCCUAAGUGGAGAACGCUUGCCGGGACUUCUGAUGACUAUCAUCAGGUUUGUCCUGCCAUUGCAGGAUCACACGAUCAAAAAGCUUCUUUUAAUAUUCUGGGAAAUAGUUCCGAAAACUUCUCCUGAUGGCAAACUGCUCCAAGAAAUGAUCUUAGUUUGCGAUGCAUAUAGGAAGGACUUACAGCACCCAAAUGAAUUUGUCAGAGGUUCAACUCUGAGAUUCUUAUGUAAAUUGAAGGAGCCAGAACUUCUGGAGCCACUUAUGCCCGCAAUAACUGCGUGUUUAGAGCACAGACAUUCAUAUGUUAGACGUAAUGCUGUGUUGGCCAUUUUUACAAUUUAUAGGAACUUUGAGUUCCUAAUCCCUGAUGCUCCAGAAUUAAUAGCCAAAUACUUGGAAGGAGAGCAGGAUAUGUCUUGCAGGAGAAAUGCGUUUUUGAUGUUGCUACAUGCUGAUCAAAGUAGAGCUUUGGCUUAUUUAGCUGCUUGUUUGGACCAAGUACCCAACUUUGGUGAUAUAUUGCAACUGGUUAUUGUUGAAUUAAUUUACAAGGUUUGUCUUGCCAAUCCAUCUGAAAGAGCACGUUUUAUUAGAUGCAUUUACAGUUUAUUGAACUCUCCAAGUGCUGCUGUGCGUUAUGAAGCAGCUGGUACUUUAGUGACACUUUCUAAUGCUCCUACAGCAAUUAAAGCUGCAGCCUCCUGUUAUAUAGAGUUAGUUGUCAAAGAAAGUGACAACAAUGUCAAACUGAUCGUGCUAGACCGUUUAAUUGCAAUGAAGGACAGUCCUGUUUAUGAAAGAGUCCUCCAAGAUCUGGUUAUGGAUGUACUUAGAGUUCUAGGUUCACCAGCAUUAGAAGUCAGAACUAAAACACUAGCUUUGGCUAUGGACUUGGUAACCACUCGUACGAUAGAAGAAAUGGUUCAGCUCUUAAAAAAGGAAGUACUGAGAACCGCUGGCGGGGAACACGAAGAUGCUGGCAGAUACAGGCAGCUUCUUGUACGAACGUUGCAUGCCUGUUCCAUUAAAUUCGCAGAUGUAGCGGCUACAGUAAUUCCUGUGCUGACAGAUUUUCUAUCCGAAAAUAAUGAAGCCGCGGCGACCGAUGUUCUGGUGUUUGUUCGUGAAGCUAUUCAACGAUUUGAAAAUCUUAGACCGCUCAUUGUCGAAAAGCUUCUUGAAGUAUUUCCACAUAUCAGAUCAGUAAAGGUACAUAGAGCUGCACUAUGGAUUUUGGGUGAAUAUGCUACAUCAAAGGAAGACAUUGAAACUGUUAUGAGUCGCAUAAGAUCUGCCUUAGGAGAAUUGCCAUUAUUAGAGGCAGAGAAUAAGCGUCAAGCUGGGGAAAAAUCCGAAGAUGGAACCACUCCAGCUGCUCCAGCACAGUUAGUCACAUCGGAUGGAACCUAUGCUACGCAGAGUAUAUUUAGUGCCGCGUCUACCCGUAAGAAAGAAGAGAAACGUCCGGUGUUGGUACAGUACAUGAUGGAGGGCCAUUUCUUUGUCGGUGCCUCGUUAGCCACAACCUUAGCCAAGUUAGCACUUCGUUACAAAGGCCUUGAAAGUGACAUCCAAAAGAGCAAUCGCAUGCAGGCAGAAGCGAUGAUGGUGAUGACAAGUGUGCUGCAGUUGGGUCGUUCAGGUCUACCUACGAAAGCAAUGACACACGACGAUGCCGAACGGUUGACUCUCUGCUUAAGAUCUUUAGCUUGCCCAACGCCACUCGUACAGCAAGUGUUCACCGAAGGUUGCCGCGAUGCUCUUGGCAGAAUGUUAACAGCAAAGGCGGAGGAAGAUUCGCAAACUCAGAAGGCCAAAGAAAAGCCAGGUAGUAUCGUCCAAGUGGAUGAUGCCAUACAGUUCUUGCAAUUGAGCCGUGGAUCAGAUCUAACGGGUGGAGCCGGCGACAUGUUUGAACAGAGCCUUAGCGCUGCUGUUGCUGGAAGACCAGGUUCCGGCAGCGACAUACCAGCUCCUAGCGCUUUAAGCAAGGUUACCCAAUUAACCGGCUUCUCGGAUCCCGUUUACGCAGAAGCUCUGGUCCACGUCAAUCAAUACGACAUUGUGCUUGAUGUAUUAAUCGUUAAUCAAACGGAAGAUACCCUGCAGAAUUGCACUCUAGAGCUAGCGACGAUGGGCGAUUUGAAGCUUGUAGAAAGACCGCAACCCAUCGUGCUUGCUCCGAGAGAUUUCGCGAGUAUCAAGGCAAACGUGAAAGUAGCCUCCACGGAGAACGGAAUCAUAUUUGGGAACAUAGUUUACGACGUGUCCGGUGCUGGAUCCGACAGGAGUGUCGUAGUAUUGAAUGACAUACACAUUGACAUCAUGGAUUACAUAGUUCCGGCAACUUGCACCGAUACGGAGUUCCGGCAAAUGUGGGCAGAGUUCGAGUGGGAGAACAAGGUGUCUGUAAAUACCACGUUGUCGGAUCUGAGGGAGUAUCUUGCCCAUUUACUGAAGUCGACGAAUAUGCGUUGCCUGACUCCAGAAAAGGCACUGUCGGGUCAAUGUGGUUUCAUGGCGGCGAACAUGUACGCGAAAUCGAUAUUCGGCGAGGACGCAUUAGCGAACAUGUCCAUUGAGAAACCAUUGAACAAACCGGACGCCCCAGUGGUCGGCCACAUCCGCAUCAGAGCGAAGAGCCAAGGAAUGGCGUUGUCGUUAGGGGACAAAAUUAAUUCCACGCAGAAAGGCCCGCAGAGCAAGGUCGUGCAAGCCGCUUAAAAGCAUAGUAGUUUUUAAUCUGAUUCAUGAAACCUCAGUAUUCGAGUUAUUACGGGAAAACCUAAUUGGACUUGGCAGUACAUCACAAAUGGCGGCCACCAUUUGUCUUCAUCAAUUCCACGACCUCGGUUCGUUUCAAUUAGAUAUUGAUUUUAUAUAAAUGUAAGCCCGUAAUUAAGUUAUGUGUCACUUUAUACACCGUUCGUUUCUCUUUCUGUACAACACUGUUUAACGACGAUACCUAUUGUAUCCACGAAUGGAGAAAUAUAUAUAUAUACAUAUAUAUAUACAUACGAUACUUUAGCUAUAAGUAUGAGUUUCGUUUCAUUGAAACUUGAUUCAUUUGGUACGUAUUUUUUAUGAAAUAAAGAACAAACGCACUCUAUUGCCCUUUAUGAGACAGUUUAUUAGUGUAUGACAAAAAAUAUUAUUUCCGGAUACAAUGACCAUCGUUCAGAUUGGGGUCAUUCAACCAGUUAUAUACAAUCAAUGGCACUUUCAACAGGCAAGCAAUAUGAUCGAGACAUAUUUACCUUUUUAUCAUCGAAAAUGGAUUACGUUAUUUCAUAUUUCAUAACCAGCCUCCUUUUCGAGGCGAUCUACCAAUCGGAUGCCGUGGCGAUUUCGGUUUAGCAUCGACGAGUCUUUCCUUAUCUUCCGACGCGAAUUUCUUCGGGCUCAUAGCUGGCUUUAGUCGCGACUUGUUUAUUUUAUUAUCUGUAGGCGCCGAUAGCGUAGAAUCUUGGGAUUUUUCGCCUGAUCUCGAUGAAGGUAGAGCUUGACGCACGUUAAUUGAAUG